AUGGAAGACUGUUUGGCAAAAAAAAUGGAAAUCACUGUUUCGGAAGCUGAAAAACGGACUGGGAGAAAUGCCAUGAACAUACAAGAAACAUACACUGCUUACCUCAUUGAGACAAGAGCUGUUGAGUCCCAGAGUGAGGGACAGUGUGCCCCAGUGGACUCCUUAUGGCGACGUUACAGUGAAUUUGAGUUGUUGAGGAAUUAUUUGUCAGUUACCUAUCCACAUAUUGUUGUUCCACCUUUGCCAGAAAAAAGGGCUGACUUUGUUUGGCAUAAGCUAUCAGCAGAUAAUAUGGAUCCAGAUUUUGUGGAAAGAAGAAGAAUCGGUUUGGAAAACUUCUUGUUACGUGUGGCUUCACAUCCUGUUCUUUGCCAAGACAAAAUCUUUUAUUCAUUUUUAACGCAGGAGGGUGGAUGGAAGGAAAUGGUGAAUGAGACUGGAUUUCAGCUAAAGGCAGAUUCCAGAUUAAAAGCUCUUAAUGCAACAUUCAGAGUGAAAAACCCAGACAAGAGAUUUACUGAGCUAAAACACUAUAGCGAUGAACUGCAGUCUGUCAUAUCACACCUUCUGCGAGUCAGAGCUAGGGUAGCAGACCGGCUAUAUGGUGUCUAUAAAGUCCAUGGCAACUAUGGAAGAGUAUUCAGUGAGUGGAGUGCAAUAGAAAAGGAGAUGGGGGAUGGGUUGCAGAGUGCUGGCCACCACAUGGAUGUAUAUGCAGCUUCUAUUGAUGACAUACUGGAAGAAGAGGAACAUUAUGCAGAUCAGCUGAAAGAAUAUCUCUUCUAUGCAGAAGCACUACGGGCAGUUUGCAGGAAACAUGAACUAAUGCAAUAUGACUUGGAAAUGGCUGCACAGGACCUAACAUCUAAGAAACAGCAGUGUGAGGAGCUGGCAACAGGAACUGUGAGAACAUUCUCCCUGAAAGGGAUGACCAGCAAGCUCUUUGGGCAGGAAACCCCUGAGCAGAGGGAAGCCAAGAUAAAGGUUCUAGAAGAGCAGAUACAGGAAGGAGAAGAACAACUUAAGUCUAAAAAUCUGGAGGGCAGAGACUUUGUGAAAAGUGCCUGGGCUGACAUUGAACGGUUUAAAGAGCAAAAGAAUCACGAUUUGAAGGAGGCGCUUAUAAGCUAUGCUGUUAUGCAGAUUAGCAUGUGCAAAAAGGGAAUUCAAGUUUGGACAAAUGCAAAGGAAUGCUUCAGCAAGAUGUGAUUAUCUGGAAAUGAAUUCCUCCUCCAAGUGCCCGAGAACGGAAGCACAAAUGUAUAACACCAAUGUUAAGUUGCUACAUGACUUACAUAUAAAUCAUGAAAUAAAUGAGUUGAGUGAAUAGUUUUUCUUUCUGCUGAUUGUAAUUGUUAAUAAAGGACAAAAAGGACAUGUUAUUAAAUGUUUAGCCCCAACUGCCACUUCUGUGGCAUGUUUUAUAUGAGGUAGCAAAUAAUUCAGGGGUAAAAGAGUUACUGAAAACUACAGCUCUGUAUUGGGGCAAAGGUAUAGGGAAAGUUAUCCCAGAAAGUAUGAACUGAACUGUUCUGAGACUUGUGAAACACCAUGCUCUGUAAUGUGUAGAUCACUUCCAGAUGCCCUUCUUUUCAGUCCUUGCUGUUUAGAAUUUUUAAUGCUCAAGGGUGCUUUGGUUUUAUAAUGGGACACACAGUUGUGUUCUUGAGGUCUACACUGUAAGAGGACAAAAAAUGAAAUACUGUAACGCCUAGGGUUCAUAUUUAAAUGCCUUUGCCUGUCCAUAGGGAAAUGUGUUUUUCCAGAGUUCAGGUUAAGCAGUCUCAAGCUCCUGAGAUGUUUGAAACUCUACAGUAGAGGUGUUGUAUAAUGGUUUGAUACAAUAUUCUGCAUUUACUGGUUCCCACUUAAGUUUUGAUAUGGGCAUUGAUUUCUUAUCAAACUUCUUCCUGCAAGUAAAGGAGACUGGUGAUCCAGCUGAGCAGCAAAACCAAAGUCAAAGCUGGUAAGAAGCAGAUGCAACUUCUGUUUGGUUGUUUGGAACCUGUUUACGCUAGAUGUGAAUCUGGCCUGUGGUACCUCUUCUUGUAACUGAAGCAGUUUAGUUCUUGAAAGAAUAGUUCUUAAUGAAGAUGCUGAAAUAAAAAACCUCGUGCAACUUCUGUAGUACUUAACAGCAGUGAUGUGCAGAAUCCACAAUGAACCAAGGUGUGUAUUUGGCUCUUGUAAUGAUGUUUCAGUGUGUGUGUGUGUGUAUAUAUAUAUGUGCAUAUAUAUACACCAGGGUAACAUGAUUUGUAGUUACAGAUACUUACAUUAAAUGUUUCCAGUUAUGAAAAACCCUUAACCACUGUCUAAUAUUGGGCUUUUUCUACAUACUUAAUUAAAG